AUGUGUGGUGAGUUGAGCAGCUAGCAAGGGAGAUGUUUGAAUUAGCAACUUGAUGAAAGAGAGAUAGUGGAAUGUUUUAGUGAUUUGGAGCAACUUAUGGUUUGAUAGGUUUGAAUCAAAAUGGCGUCUAAAGUGCUUUAUUCGCUCAGAGAUCCGCUCCCAAAGAAAAGGGAUGACUUUGAGGACAUCCUUGAGGAGAGAAGGAACUCCAGUGAUCUGAGAUACGCUCUCAAGUGCUACACGCCUGCUGUGUAUCGAAACCUGGUGCCCUGUAAAGCCAGCAUGCUCAAAAACCUCGUCCUCCAGUCCGACUCCCUGCAAUACGUCAUCAACCAGGUGUCGAUGGAGAGCGACGAGUCUCGAGAGGUGGUGCAAGAGGAGGCGUGUCAGGUGCUGGAGGAAAUGGCUCACCGAUUGCAGCUCAGCACCGUCCGGUUCUUCGCCUUCAUGCUCUGCAAAGCCUUCAAAGCACUUUACCGCAGCGUGCAGGUCAACGAGGAGGGCAUCCAGAGACUUCAGCAGGCCAUUCAGGAGCAUCCGGUGGUGCUUCUGCCCAGUCACCGCAGCUACAUCGACUUCCUGAUGAUGUCCUACCUCCUGUUCACCUACGAUCUGGCUCUACCCGUCAUCGCUGCAGGAAUGGAUUUUAUUAACAUGAAGUUUAUUGGAGAGAUGUUGCGCAUGUCAGGAGCAUUUUUUAUUCGUCGUUCGUUUGGAGGAGAUAAACUCUACUGGGCUGUUUUCUCAGAAUAUGUGAAGAUCAUGCUAAGAAACGGUUACGCACCAAUCGAGUUCUUCCUUGAAGGUACCAGGAGCCGAACAGCAAAAUCGCUCACGCCAAAGACAGGUCUGCUGAAUAUAGUCAUGGAGCCAUUUUUUAAAGGCGAAGUCUUUGAUGUGAACUUGGUUCCAGUGAGUAUAAGCUAUGAUAGAAUUCUAGAAGAGUCUCUGUAUGCACGUGAGCUGCUGGGAGUGCCCAAACCCAAAGAGUCCACGUCUGGUCUGUUGAAGGCCAGGCAGAUCCUCAGUGAGGAUUUUGGGACGAUGCAUGUGUACUUUGGCACUCCGGUGUCUGUGCGUAGCCUGGCACAGGGCCACAUCGGCCGCUCGCAGUACAACCUGGUGCCCAGACACAUCCCCCAGAGGCCUGCGGCGGACACUCAGGCGUUUGUGAACGAUGUAGCAUUUCACUUGGUGCGGCUGCAGGAGGAGAACAUGGUGCUGAAGCCGUGGGCGCUGAUCUCCACGCUGCUCCUGCAGAACCCCGAUGGCAUGGAGCUGUCGGCUCUCACCCAGCAGGCAGACUGGCUCCGGCGCCUAGCACUAUGCUUCGGGGCCUUCCUGGACUGGCCGGAUGGUCAGCCGUGCAGGAAGGUGAUCACCUCUAGUCUGGCCAUACACUCCAACUUGGCGUGCGUGUCUGGGGGGCGUGUACGACUGGUCGUUCCUGAGGCAUCAGGGGUGGGGCUGAGUGCUGAAGGGGCGGAGUUUAACCGGGCGGUCAGUGUGCUGUCUUGCGCAUCCUACAGGAAUCAGACGCUGCACGUGUUUGUGAGACCAGCUCUCCUGGCAGUGGCCAUGCACACCGCAAACUCCAACAGGAGGGACGAGAUCUACAAGUGCUUUAACUUCUUGCGGAACGUUUUCGCCAAUGAGUUCAUCCUCUGUCCUGGAGCAUCAGUGCUGGACUUUGAGGAGGCAUGUUGCUUGCUGGUGAAGUGCGGCGCAGUUCAGGAGUUGCAGCAGGACAUUGUGAUGUCAUCGAGCGGACAGAAGACUCUGUCCUUCCUGUGUUCGCUGUUUGAGCCGUUCCUGCAAGGGUACCAGGUGGUGUGUCGGUAUCUGUGCGAAGACACACAGGAGGAUCUGCUCGAGAAGAACUUUGUUCCUGCUGUGAGGAACUUUGCUCUCCAGCUCAUCCUAGCAGGAAGCCUGAGAUGCUACGAAGCAUUAUCGUCCGAUUUGCAGAAAAACGCCCUGGCCGCACUGAUCCGCCUGAAAGCUGUCAAGAAGGUCAAAACUGGAGAUCAGGUGUCUCUGAAGAUCAACAAGAUGGCCGUAAACUCAUUGGAGGACACGCUGGGGGGUAAAAUUCCCACCCAGAAGCCUGUCCUCGCUCGGCUGUAAGCACACGCACAACUCUCGAUGUGUACCUCAACUGCCUUCAUUAGCAUAUAAUUUUUUUUUUUUUGUGUGUCACGGCUUUGCCGACUACAAGGACUGUUUGUCGUCAAGCUUUAAGGAGCCAUAACCAUCUGGGACAUGCUCACACACACACACUCAAUCUCGCUCUCAGUGUUAUUUUCCUGCUGUGUGAUCAAUGUUCCAGUUUUUAACCGCUCUGAACUUUCAUCAUCACUCGUUCCUCUUUUUAGUCUCGCCACAUUUACUCAGUAACUCUUAUCUCCUUUUUUCACUGAUUUUUAAAACUAUGAUUAUAUAUAAAAAUAUAUUUUCUUUUUGCACACUGACAACCAAGUGUUGUCAAGGCAGACCACCGUUUUCUAGAGGAGGAUAUGCAAACAGUCGAAGAGUGAGUGUGGGUUUUUUUUUUUAAUUUUUUUAAUUAUUUAUCCAAAUAAAAAUAUAUUUGUCUGUCAUUAAGCUACUUUAUACAGUUUGGUUUAAUGUGCUUGAUAUACUGUGGAUUGUAUUUUCUAAUUGUAUGAGAAUUGACCUAAGGAGAGAAAUCUGAUGAGCAUGUUGAUUUUGUCAGGGUGGGGGGGGGUCUCUGGGUGCAUUUUAAUUUUGGUUUAGGAUAUUUUGUAUAAAAUUUAGGCUUGGGUCUGUUAUACCCAGUUAAAGCGUAAAUGUAGUGUGGUAUAUCUGGCCAUGUAUUUGGAUUUGGUCUAGGAUAUCAUGCUAUACUUUAGAUUUGAACUGGGAUAUCUGGCUAAAACUUGGAUUUGGUCUGGGAUAUCAUGCUGUAGUUUGGAUUUGGACUGGGAUAUUUGGCUAAAAUUUGAAUUUGGUCUUGGAUAUCUGGGUAAAAUUUGGAUUUGGUCUAGGAUAUCAUGCUAUAGUUUGGAUUUGAACUGGAAUAUCUGGCUAAAACUUGGAUUUGGUCUGGGAUAUCAUGCUAUAGUUUGGACUUGAACUGGGAUAUCUGGCUAAGAUUUGGAUUUAAACCAAGAUAUCAUGCUACAGUUUGGAUUUGGUCUGGGAUAUCUGGUUAAAACUUGGAUUUGGUCUGGGAUAUCAUGCUACAGUUUGGAUUUGAACCAAAAUAUCAUGCUAAAAUUUAGAUUUCAACGAGGAUAUCAUGCUAAAUUUUGGAUUUAAACCGAGAUAUUGUGCUACAGUUUGCAUUUGGACUGGGAUAUCAUGCUUUUGUUUAAACUUGAAGUGGGAUAUCAUGCUGUAGUUUGGAUUUGGACUGGGAUAUUUGGCUAAAAUUUGAAUUUGGUCUUGGAUAUCUGGGUAAAAUUUGGAUUUGGUCUGGGAUAUCAUGCUAUUGUUUGGAUUUUGACUGCGGUAUCUGGCUACAGUUUGGAUUUGGACUGGGGUAUCGUUAAAGGUUGGAUUUGGUGUGGUAUAUAUCUGGUUAAAACUUGGAUUUUAUUUUUCCUGGACUAUUUGGUGAUGAGGAUUUGGUCUGGAAUAGUAAUUGAAUUAAGUGCUUAAAUCUUGGAUUAAGUUUGCAUAGGGUCGAGAAUAUUUGGCGAAUGUUUAGAUUUGGUCAGAGGUAUCUGGUUAAAAUUUACACUUGGUUUGACAUUUGGGGGAUUUCUUGGGGGAUUUCUCUGCGAAUUUGGUUAAAAAAAAUCAAGAUUUUGUUUGGAAUAUUUGCAUAAAACUUGGUAUGGAUUAGGUACGUGGUGUCUCAUCGAUUUACUUACGGUUUGUGGUUGGUAUCUGUGAGACUGUCAUUUAGUUCCAUCAGUUAUAUCCUAGUAACGUUUAAACCGGUGUUUACAGUGUCCUUUAGCCAUAAUUCAGUUUCUUGGCCAUAUGUAAAGAAUAUCCUGUCCUGAAAUUUUUUAUGUACUUGUGUAUUGUGAAAUAUUUCGUAUAAUAGUAUUUUAUAAAGUGCCAACAAAGCAGUAAAUACAUCUAAUGAAAAGCUAUGCAUCAAAUAGAGAAAGAACCGCCCUCGAAAAUGGUUCUCAUGAUGGACUAUUUAGUGAUAUUGAUGGCAUGUUGUCAUGUGUCCUACGGUAACUCUCUCGAGUCAAGUAUUUUUAUGUUUUCUUGCUGAGCCGUUGUGCUGUCACUCAACCAUAUAACUCUGAGGUCUUCAGAUGCUCUGACUGCUCACACUGAUUUUCACCACCUUUACAGAGUUGUGACGGAUUGUACGUCUUAACGUACAUAACAUCAACCAUAUGCUGACGAGAGUACACUUGGCAUAUGCUAGUCAGUGGUAACAGGUUAUGUGGUGGUGUUUUUUUAAUAUAAUUAACAGCUGUACAGCUGAUUACUUAAAAAAAUGUUAAUUGUUAUAAUUUACCAAAUGUAUUUUGAAACUCCACUUUACUAAAGUCCACUCAGGGCCUUUGAAAGUUGUCAUUUUUCUUUUUUUCUUUUUAUAUAUAAAUUAUAAUUUGCUUAACACAGCUUUAAAACUGGGAUUCUUCUCCAGAUGUCUUGUUACUUUAGGACACGUCUUUCGAGAUGUGGGACUGUUCUUCAGUGAAAACCUGAGCGAAAGAGAUGAAUGUGAAAUACAGCAUGUCUGUAUACCCUGUGAUACUUCCGCUGUAACAUCUUUGCCAACAAACUCUUUUGCCAAAGUCAUUUCUGUUACUGAUAUUUGUGUGCAUUUGAAGCAUUACUGAUUCAGACUAAUUUCACAGUUUGAAAGUGUUUGUUUAAUGAAUAAUGACUGUGUGUGUGUGGUAUUAAAUCUGUAAUGACAAUAAAAUUUGAUAAUUGAGUGUG